AUGAAUUCGCUAUGGUCGAGGGCUGUCCAGGCGCAGUCUUCCUGCCGCUGCCGACUAUGCCACCACUCCGGUCACUCGAUCAUACGGCGUUCCGCCACGACAGCUACGAGGCGGAAGGUCUCAGCUGCGGAUGUCUUUACUGCAUGCUACACCACCAUCUUAGGCACUGCAACUAUCAUAGAUGCCAACAGGAAAGAGGCCAGGAGGAAGGACCUUGAUCGAAGACUGGAGCAGGCCAGGGCCGCGUUGGGCACCCUAAGCAUGAAAGAGUCAACUGGUCAGCGAAAUUGGGGCGGUAGCGAUCCUGAUAAUGCUAUUACCAUAGACCCUUCAAGGAUUCAAAGCCCCAACUCGGAACGCGACGCCCUAUUGCAAGAGUUGGGGGACAUAUGCGAGACCACUCGCCGGCCACUAUUGCCUCCAUCGUGGAUACAAACCCAACUGGAAUGGGCGCAGGUUGAGGCCGCCAUUGCUGCAGAGGAGCGAGAUCCGGAAAUUUUCCUCCGAGAGCCAAAGACAGAUCAGCAACUCCAACGAACGACGACGAUGACGCAAGAAAGCUUGCGGAAACAAGAUUAUGAAGAUAGAGGACAUCUAAAGGAGGAAAUGCUACAAAAUGCACACUAUCCAAGCUACCACCAUCCAUCUGCAGACGUGGAUGCUGCCGCAAGAUCACGCUUUCGCCUAGGUGAAGCUAUACGGCGCAUCUUUAAUCAUGCCACUACCUCCAAGGAGAUUGUGGCUAAGAUUUGUUACAAUCUCAUUACAUCUAGCUCGCCCCCAAGUAUUCACACUUACAACGUGCUCAUCGCUGGCUUCAACAGGAUACGACGCCCAGAUCUUGCGCAAGUUGUCAUCGACUCCUAUAUCUAUAAUACAGCAUGGCCUGCUACCCAGCAGACCAUGGGUUUACGAGAUACCAUCCAGCGAAUGAGGGGUGUAAAGGACACCGGUCUACAUUUUCGAAUCGUGAACAAGAACCGCAUCAAUACGCGUGAUUGGUUAGACUGGGCUACUAAGUACUGUGCCUCACGCAAGUAUGCUUAUGUGCAACGCGCACGACGGGGAAACGAUAUUGGCCAUGCCAGCAUGUCGUUUAUAUCCUGCCUGCGUAAUGGAGGCAUAGUGACUAUUGACACCCUCCAGAAACUCCUUACAGCUUGUUUAGCAACAGUUGACCAUGCAUCGGCGCGUCGAUUAGCCAUAGGCUUUGCCAAGCAUGCGCGAAAAUUCGCAACCAUGGUCCGCCAGAUCGUCUACCACGAGUCGAUAACGACGGCUCACAUGUGCUGGCUUCCUUAUCAAGAUAUAUUCAUGCCCGUUUCGGUAACAUAUGAGAGUACGUUGCAUCAACUUAGGUCCCUGGUUGAUCGGGCUCGACUCGAAAUCGAAAUACGAGAGACGGCAACUUUAUGCUCAGUUACUCUCAAGGAGCUCGAUUUUCCCGAGUCUUUGCUUAAAUCUGCUCAACGGAAUACGAGAAGGGCCACAGAGCUGCUCGCCAACUUUAACACACUAGCUAGGACGUUCGCUAUCGAUCGAAGGUACCGUGAUUUGGAGGCAAGAAUUAAGAUCAUGACGGCUAUGGUGAAAGUGAGGAUCGUCAACCUCAAGACGGGAUAUAACUUGGACCCUUCUUCACUCCUUGAUCGUGAACGACCGAAACAAACCUACCAGCAGAGUCGUUAUGACUCUAUUUGCAAUGCCCUUAAAUACAUCCAAAUACACGAAGGCCCUAUGACACAGGAUGAUAUCAAGUCACAGCUUUUUGAAUAUAUGCCCGAUCAAAAGCUGGCGAGGAAACUUAAGAACUCUGGGAAUCCGGAAAACGUCAGCAUACGAUCCCUCGUAACAUUCUACGAUGUGAUCAUCCCUCACAGGCCACAGAAUAAUGGCCAAAACGCACGUAUAAAAGCGCUAGAGAGGGAACUCGCCAAUAUCAAAGAUACGAUCAGGGCAACGAUAUUUGCGCAUCUUGGCGGCGAUACUCAGUGGAGGGUCAGGUUUAAACAUCCUAAUUGGUACAAGACGCCCCUGGAAAAACUGGUGGAGUAUUAUCUGCGAGUUCGCCUCCGUAAGAUUCGUACAGCCAUCAUUACGAAGCAAAUAGCCAUCGUCGAGACACAGGAUCAAGAAACUUCCGUACAACCAGUUGCUGAGGAACAGCCCAUCGCCAUCGAUGUCGAGAAACAGCCCACUGCGACUAGGAUCGAAGACGAAGCGAACUAUUUCUCUUCCCAAAGUCCUACACCGAACCUUGCAGGCCUCGUGAAGAAGCUGCACUCAAAGCGUUCGAUUACCGAGAGCGACUGGUAG